AAACACAUAGAAAAUGGUCCAAAGAUUAACCUAUCGUCGUCGUUUAUCUUACCGUACUACCUCAAACACCGUCAAAGUUGUUAAGACUCCAGGUGGUAGAUUAGUUUACCAAUACAUCGGUAAAGUUGGUAAAGUCCCAAGAUGUGGUGAAUGCGGUGUCAAUCUUGCCGGUAUCCCAGCUUUAAGACCAUUCCAAUACAAAAAUCUUCCAAAAUCAAGAAGAACCGUCGCUCGUGCUUACGGUGGUAGCAAAUGUGCUAAAUGUGUCCGUACUAGAAUCGUCAGAGCCUUCUUAAUUGAAGAACAAAAGACUGCCAAAAUUGUCUUCAAGAAACAACAAAAAGAUUUAAAACAAAAGAAAGAAAAGAAAUCAUCAAAAUAAAUAAAUUAACUUUAUAAUUAUGAUUUUUUAAUAUAAAU